UCGCUCUAACCAACUCCGCUGCUCUCUUCCCCCCGCGAUUUCACACCAAUGAGCAUGCUGUGUGUAGCUCCCACUCGCUGGCAUCAGAAACACUAAAUAUCUUCGGUUUCGAGCUGCACAGAUACAUACAAAAACGCACCAGCAUUGGCUAGACGGAGGCUGCGUUCUGCCAAAACACACCUUGGGGAUAGGCUGUGAUAAAUAAGAAGGGGAGCAAGAGUCCAGCAUCUCUCGCACACACACGACUCAAGGAUCAGCACCAUGAAGACUAGACUAGGCUGCCUGUCACACAAGUCUGACUCCUACAGUGAUUUCUCCGAGUUCCUGCCGCCUGUCCAUGAGACUACCGCCAGAUGCCUGAAAGUUUCAACAGAUGAGGUUGUUCGAUGGUCAGAAUCGUUUGAUCACCUCCUCUCGCACAAAUAUGGCCUGGCUGCCUUCCGGACAUUUCUCAAGUCAGAGUUUAGUGACGAGAAUAUUGAGUUUUGGAUGGCCUGCGAGGAAUAUAAGAAAGUCAAAAGCUCAACCAAGCUUGCGUCCAAAGCAAACAAGAUCCUCCACGAGUUCAUUGACAACCAGGCACCCAGAGAGAUAAACAUCGACUACCGCACCAGGGAAAAGACCAAGCAGACUCUUAAGGAUCCAUCCCCAACCAGUCUCAAUGAAGUCCAAGCUAAGGUCUACAGUCUCAUGGAGAAAGACUCCUACCCAAGGUUCCUCAGGUCCAAGAUGUACCAGGAUAUAGUGAACAGGGCACACGCACAUGGCCAGCGAAGAUCUGUUUGACCAAAUGUGAUGAAGACCACAGACGACAUAAAAUCGGACCAACACUGUAUAUCAAUUGUAAACCCUUUGACGUCAUCUCUGAAUACUGUGAAUCUGCAAGGAUGGUGGUGACAUGCUUGACUGUUUCCUUUGUCUACACCAGCUCCAAGCAUGCAAUCCCUCUAGUAAAGAUGUGUCUUGGUUGGCUGCACUGCACACAGGACAUUUGAUCAAGAUAGGUGAAUCGUUUUACCUCUAAUAAGUGCUGGGCGAUAUGUUAUAAAUACUAUGUAAUUCAAAUAUAUACUUGUACAACUGACAUUUACAAUGAAACUGACUGUGGCUACUAAAGAGAGAGCAAGCAGCCACUGAAACAUGCCAACCAAUUCUUGAUCUUGUAAAAUGUUUAUUUUGAGUUAAAGCUUCUAAAAGAAUUGCUUGAGAAUGGAGAAUGUAAAAUACGGUUGAAAGCUCAAACCAUUUCCAAGCUCAAGAAGAAAACACAAUAUCACUUACCGGUAAACAAAUAACCAGUUAAUUUGAUAAACCCAAAUUUUAUAAAAGUGUCCCUUUGUUUAAGAACAUGUGAUUCUUGACUUCUUGUAGGUAGUUCUUAAUGUUGGUGUUACUUAUAUAAAACUGUUUCUUGAAGCAGAUUUGUAAUUUUUGAUAUUACACUGAAUAAAUCAAAUUUGAUUUGAUACUAUACUUAUCAUAAAAGUACCAUUAGCUUGAUUAAAUGGUUUGACUCGAUUGGGUUCCACACACUUAAUGCUUUUAAUACACAGUUGACCAAGAGAAGAUUUAAUUCUAUCUUUAGCACAACAGAAAGUUGAGAUGAAUACCCUCGUAUAGUUUUUUCGCCCAGCUCUACCUCCAUUUACCUUCAGUUCUUUGUGAAAUAGAUACCGUUGUAUGCAGGACUUGACCUGCAGUAGUAGUUUGUGUGUUUACAACAGACACCUAAUAUCUGAAACUGUGCCAAACUAGAUUGCAUUAGAUAUUGAUAUGGCUGCAUAAUCCUGUGUGUUGUAAACUCUUGCAGGUGUUCUAUGUGAAAUUUAAUAAAAGUAUUUGGGAUAGUUUUUGCUUUCAAUUCAUGCAAUAGAGGAGGUUCAAAUGUACAUUCAUUCAAGUUGAAUUACUUAAUUGACCUAUUUUGUUUGCCUGCUAGGAUAUUUGGUAAUAUAUCUUAAUAAAAAAGUGGUGUAUCAACCAGCAAAUAACCAAUUAGCAAAAUGUACAUCGUAAUUAGCACACAGCGCCUCAUCGAAUUGAACAAUUGACAUUGACCUCCUGCUAGCAUUGAACUAAAAGCAACAGCCAGACCCCCAGAAAAUGUGUUCUGGUUGAAAAACUUGUUGUGCAAAGUUUUAAUUUUUUAGCAUGAUGCAAUACUGAGAAAUACUAUUUAGAUAUUCUUUGACAUGUACAGUGUGUUAUGAAAACGACUGCCAAAUAAAUGCAGUCCAGAGUAUGUCAGUAACAUGUAUUUGAAAUGUGCUCCCUCAGUGUUUGCACUCCUUUUUAAAUACUUAGUUUGAAAAGAUUUCAGCUGAGAUAUUUGUCUUUAUUGCAUGUGUACUUUAAAGGCAAAACAGUCGGAAAUACAACAAAACUGGCUGAACAACAUAUCGCCCUGUAUGGUAUGUUACUGUGUUCCACAUGAAUGUAGCCCUCCCUAUAUUUUGCAAUUAAAAACAAAUUUGCAUCUAUGUUAGUGUGCAAUGUGUGACUUCAUUAUCAAUACCUAAUGUCUAUGAGAUUUAUGAAAAAUUCAUUUAUCUCCUGAUCAGACGACGGAUUGACCU